ACCCCGUCCCCAUCUGUCAUCACUAAUCUCUCUCUCUCUCUCUCUCUGAAUCUCUCUCUCUCUCUCAGAAGACAACAAAAUCUCUGCGAGAAUUUCACAAGACAGUAUGAGAUUAAGUGCAUUGCAGUGACAACGACUUCAACUUCCGAAAACCUCAGUUGAGAAUGGGAGCGAGUGAUGUUGGAGAGGAGGUAGGGAUGGCAGGGGGACAUGAUGAGAAGAUUUUCGUGACCGUCCGGUUGAGGCCUUUGAACCGGAAGGAGAUUGCGAGGAAUGAUGUGGCGGAUUGGGAUUGUAUUAACGGCGACACUGUCAUUUACAAGAAUGCUAAUCUUUCUAUGCCCGAUCGGUCUAUGUAUCCGUCUGCUUAUACAUUUGAUAAGGUAUUUGGUUGUGAUUGCUCUACGAGGCAGGUGUAUAUGGAAGGAGCCAAGGAAGUUGCUCUAUCAGUUCUAACUGGUAUCAAUUCUAGUGUUUUUGCAUAUGGACAAACAAGUAGCGGAAAAACGUUUACCAUGACCGGCAUUACUGAGUAUACUAUAUCUGAUAUAUAUGACUAUAUACAGAAGCACACAGAAAGAGAAUUUCAUUUGAAGUUUUCUGCAAUGGAGAUCUAUAAUGAAUCAGUUAGAGACCUCCUCAGCACUGAUAACACUCCCCUCAGGCUCUUAGAUGAUCCAGAGAGAGGUACCAUUGUUGAGAAACUCACGGAGGAAAUAUUGAGAGACUGGGAUCACGUAAUGGAGCUUCUUUCUCUAUGUGAAGCUCAGAGACAGAUUGGGGAGACCUCUCUGAAUGAAACAAGCUCCAGAUCACAUCAAAUCAUAAGAAUGACUGUGGAAAGUUCUACCCGUGAGCUUUUAAGCAAGGAUAACUCGAGCACCCUCGUGGCAUCUGUGAAUUUUGUCGAUCUUGCUGGAAGUGAGCGUGCAUCCCAGUCAUUAUCAGCUGGUACAAGGUUAAAGGAAGGCUGCCAUAUCAACCGCAGUUUGCUUACCCUUGGGACUGUAAUCCGCAAACUAAGCAAGGGAAGAAAUGGUCAUAUUCCUUUCAGAGAUUCAAAGCUAACCCGUAUACUGCAAUCCUCAUUGGGAGGCAAUGCUAGAACUGCCAUAAUAUGUACAAUGAGCCCUGCACGAGUUCAUGUUGAGCAAUCAAGAAAUACACUGUUGUUCGCAAGUUGUGCCAAAGAAGUAUCAACUAAUGCGCAAGUUAACGUGAUAAUAUCAGAUAAGGCUUUGGUAAAACAUUUGCAGAGAGAGUUAACUAGAUUGGAGAGUGAGUUAAGUACAGGAUCUACUUAUGUUGCAUCGAAGUAUUCUGCACUUCUUCGCGAGAAAGAACUGCAAAUUGAAAAGCUGGAAAGAGAGGUAAAGGACCUGACUCUGCAACGAGAUUCUGCUAAAUCUCAAAUUCAGGAAAUGCUAAGAUGUAUUGGAAAUGAUGGGCAUCCAUUGACAAGGGUAGUUCAUAAUCACUACCCCCACUUGCGAGUUCAGGAUUCACCAGAUGCCGGAUACCGAGUAGAGAAUAAUUACUUAACAGCAGUUCCUCACUCUAUGGACGUUGCUUCCAAAACAUUAUGCACAUCUCCCUUUUCUGAUAGACAGGAUGUUAAUGCACUAAAUUAUAACCACAGUUUUUUCCCUGGUUCUUCUGAAGAUUUGCACCCAGACCCAUGCCGAAGACCGCUGACCAGUACUUCACAGAUCAGUGAAAGUGAUUUAAGCCAGGAUCUGGAUGAUUAUGAUGGUAAGAGUAAUUGUACAUCUGAAGAUAUAUGCAAGGAAGUUCGGUGCAUCGAAACAGAAGAUUUCAGUAAGAAUAAUCAUCCGGAAUCCAGUCAAUUAUCUAAUGCCCAUGACAUUGGAAUAUCCGCUACUAUUGUUUUGAAAAAUGGAGAGACUGCAAAUGAGGAAUGGGUAUCACCUAUGUCAAAGUCAGAUGAGGUAUUAGUCUCUUUGCUUUCGAAAGAAGAAACAGAAUCUAUUGCACCCUCUUUAAAGACGAAUAGAGAAGCUCUAACAUUUCCAUGUAGUGAAGAUAGACAAGUGGCAUUACCAUAUAUAGAGGAUAGUAAAAUAAAUUGCAUUUAUGAUACUCCUUCACCUGAAAAACGAUCUCCAUCUUAUGACCUGGUCAAGGAGUUUUCCAGGUCCAGGAGCCCGAGUUCAACAACAAGCAGGAGCUAUGAAUCUGGUAUUUCGGCAACCUUAUCUUCCCCGAGGCUGCAGGAGGCAGUACACCUUGAUGACACUCCACCAAAUGGCUGUGAGGAAUACCACACUCAAAAACCUCAUGCUUCUCAGAGUGAAAAUUCUAGACUAAACUAUGGUUCUGAUGUUGUGAUCUCAUCUAGCAAUGGCUCGCAGUCGCCUAACAAGAAUGGUGUUGACAUUGAGCUUGACACACAAGAGCAGGGAAAAUUAUCUGCUGAAAUUAUUAGCGAUGGCAAUACAUGCAUUGCAAAACUGGAAACUAUGUCUGAACCUCAUGAUGAGCACCAAGGUUUUGACACUCUUGCAAAUGAGACAAAAACGAUGUCCAAUAUGUGUUUGAAGAGUGUAAAAGAUGUCGGCUUAGAUCCAAUGGAAUAUGAUCUCAGUAGUCCUUCAAAUUGGCCAUCAGAAUUUAAAAGACUCCAGAAAGAUAUAAUAGAAUUAUGGCAUACUUGCAAUGUAUCUUUAGUGCACAGAACACAUUUCUUCUUGCUAUUCAAUGGUGACCCAACUGACUCCAUAUACAUGGAGGUUGAACUUCGGAGGUUGUUUUUUCUGAAGGAGACAUUUUCUCAGGGUAAUCAGACUGUGGAAGACGGAAGGACUCUUACAAUUGCUUCCAGUCUCAAGGCUAUUCGUCAUGAGAGGCACAUGCUCAGCAUCCAAAUGCACAAGCAACUCCCCCAAAUAGAGAGAAAGAGUCUCUACCUUAAAUGGAACAUUCCUUUGAAUAGUAAACAUAGGAGAGUUCAGCUGGCCAAUCUCCUAUGGACGAAUUCAGGAGAUUUGGACCACAUUGCAGACAGUGCCUUUGUCGUAGCUAAACUUAUUGGGCUUACAGAGCCCGGAAAGGCUUCUAAGGAGAUGUUUGGUCUGAAGUUUGCUCCCUGGAGCUCCAGAAGAUCGUAUAGUGUUAAGCGCAGCCUGAUAUCAAUAUUGUAAGAUUGCUGCAGAUGGCAAGGGAGAAAGUGUGGUAACAAUGUGGUACCCAGGGGGCUCCAUUUACUUAGAUAUUUAUAAUAUAUGUAUAAUUGCUACCUUAAACUUUCUAGUAUAAUUUUAGAGGCUGGUACAUUGCUCAGGGGUUUGUAAAACAGUAGCUAACCUAUAAGCCUCAAGUACUUGUUUUUUUUUUUUUUUUCUUAAUUUUUAAUUUUUAAUUUAGUACUAAUACCUUGUGUAUUGCUUAGUAUUUCUUAGUAAUGAAGAAACUUAACUGGAAUUCCCUGCAUAAGUUUUCUUCUUUGUUCCUAUGGAAUGACGUUUGGUUGGUGCACUCAAUAUGACAGCUUCAUGUACAA